CGGCCUGUUACUGCACCUCUGGUGAGUUCUCCACUUCCCUGCUCUCCAUCACAUGCCCGUCGGCCCCCAGCCCCGCGCUCAGAACCCGCCGCUCUCGCGACUCAGCCGGCCUCGUGGAACUUUUCUCUCCCGGACCUGUUUCCGGGCGGUCCGCGCGGUUGGAACGUGUUAGGGCCGAGGUUCCCAGGACUUGGAAGAGGACGGGCGUGGGCAACGAUGGCCGGGCAGUGCUUCCCGGUACCCCGGCUCGAGGGCGUUUCGCAGGAGCAGUUCAUGGAGCACCUCUAUCCGCAGAGAAAACCUCUAGUGUUGGAAGGAAUUGAUUUGGGGACAUGUACAAGCAAAUGGACGGUGGAUUACCUAAGCCAAAUUGGAGGGAGGAAAGAGGUGAAGAUUCAUGUUGCUGCAGUUGCCCAGAUGGACUUCAUUAGUAAGAACUUUGUGUAUAGAACUUUACCUUUUGGCAAGUUGGUUCAGAGGGCAGCUGAAGAAAAGCAUAAGGAAUUCUUUAUUUCAGAGGAUGAGAAGUACUACCUACGAUCACUUGGAGAAGACCCUAGAAAGGAUGUUGCAGAUAUCAGAAAGCAGUUUCCUUUAUUGGAAGGAGAUAUUAAGUUUCCAAAAUUCUUCAAAGAAGAGCAGUUCUUUUCCAGUGUUUUUCGAAUUAGCUCACCAGGAUUACAACUUUGGACCCACUAUGAUGUAAUGGAUAACUUCUUAAUACAAGUGACAGGAAAAAAGCGUGUUGUACUAUUCAGUCCUCGAGAUGCCCAAUAUUUAUAUUUAUCAGGUACUAAAUCGGAAGUACUGAAUGUAGAUAACCCAGACUUAGCUAAAUAUCCACUGUUUUCCAAGGCUAGACGGUAUGAAUGUUCCCUUAAAGCUGGAGAUGUAUUAUUCAUUCCUGCUUUAUGGUUCCAUAAUGUAAUAUCUGAAGAGUUUGGAGUGGGAGUGAAUGUCUUUUGGAAGCAUCUUCCAUCUGAAUGCUAUGAUAAAACGGAUACCUAUGGAAACAAAGAUCCUACAGCAGCAUCAAGAGCUGCACAAAUUUUGGACAGAGCCUUAAAAACCCUGGCUGAACUACCAGAGGAAUACAGGGACUUCUAUGCACGGCGAAUGGUCUUGCACAUUCAAGACAAAGCCUAUAGCAAAAACUUUGAAUAAAUAUUGAAGUGAAUGCAAUGAGCAUAAACUUUUAAAUACAGUUCAACUCAAAUAUUGGAAAAGUAUAA